UUUGACGCCAAGUUUGUGAUUGUCGAUAUCAAGUACCGCUGUAUAUAAUUCAUUAAACAUUAGAUAGACACUUCCUACUACAAAAUUUCUAUUCAGAAAAAAAGUGUUUCUUUAUUGAAACAAGUAAAUCAUUAUUAUGGGGAAGAAAUACUACUGUGAUUAUUGUGGAGUACACAUUCAGCGUGAUCCCAGCAUUGUCAAAAAGCACAAGGAAGGAAUAACACACAUUCGGAUUAAAGCGGCUUACUUUGAAAGUCUAAAGGAUCCAAACCAGAUCCUAAAAGAAUCGCUUUCGAAAAAGCCUUGUCGAACACUGCAAUCGUCGCAGGAAUGUUCCUUUGGGGCAAUAUGUCACUUCAACCAUUACCGCCCUGAUGAGCUGAGGAAACUCCGCGAACAAGCUCAACUAAAUCACGAUCAAAAGUUGAAACGUAAUUCUGAUAUAAUCGCCCGACUUGCCGCAGCUGAUACUAUUGUGAAAAAGUUCGUUGCCAACAGGCAGACGAAGACAACGGUAUCGACAACAAACGAGAUUGAAUCGUUCUGGUUCGAUCCAGAGCCACAGACAGAGAGCGACUUGCCACCUUCGCUACGAGCAAUAGAUCCCACUUGCAUCAAACUCAAUCAAUUCUCGAGUUGGGGUUGAAUAAAAAAUGCCAGCUAAAUAGAAUAGA